GCUUCUCAGUCUCCAGUCUCCAGUCUCCAGUCUCCAAUCUCAGGGGCGCUGCUGUCAAUCAGAGCUUCUUUGCCAGGCUGCUUGUUGCUUGUUGCUCCUAGGGACCGCCAGCCCAUUUGCCCAUGCCAAGUGCCUUGGCUUGGUCGGUCCCUUAUCUUGCCGGAAUCCCACCCCGUCCAUGACUUCUCUGGCGUCUGCCGACGCAUGCGGCUGUCGUUCUUGAUUCUUCCAUUAUUCGAGGCCUCGCGGCGUCAUUGUCUUCUGUCUCAAAUUCCUUCGCCUUAUAUCUCGACUCGCCGUCUGGAUCGGUCUCAAGUCAACACCAGGCGGAACAAAACUACCGCCAACUCAAUCGCUUCGCCGUUUGCAUUUGGCAUCGCGUCCCAUCUCCACCUCAGCAAGCCACCACCUCGUGGUAAAAUGCCUUUCGCUCGUCACGGUGGCCUCGGCCGUCGACCGUUACCGUGUGUGGUGGGAUACGAAAGUCCAACAGGCAAUUACUAG